CAACACAGCAAGUAUUACAUCUCAGAUCUGAUAAAACUACUGCCCUCUUAUCUAGUAAUCUAUGAAUGGGGGUUAAUAGUUUACUCAUGCUGACCAGAAUGUUCCAUUUGAUUAUUUUGGGAGAGGCAACAUUAUACAUGUUUUUAUGUAGAAUUUGUCUUAAAAUAGCAUGCUAAAUUAUCUUUCAAAAGCUUAUUUCUACUCAAUCUAUUUAGGUAUUAGAUAUAGUUAUACAUUCAAAUGAAUGUAAAAAAUAAAAUGAUGGGUGCUUGGUUUUUGGAAAAUCCCUCACAAUUUAAAAUUAUAAUGGACUGGCCAUGCAGUUACACCGUUGUAAAGUUUGAAUUCAAAGGAAUUGAGGUCAGUUAAAGCUUGCAAACACAAAGGAAAUUAUUGAUAUUGUAGCAAUUCUGGAGAUAUUUUGUUUAAAAUGUAAGGGUGCAUAUUUUUGAUUUCUCAAAGAAAACAUUUAAAGUCUUAUUAGUGUGGUAAUUAGAAAUGAGAAGUUUUAACUGAAGUGUGAAUGUGUAGACAAGAAGAUAAACAGCAGAAUCAUUCCCAGUCAAAGUUUCAGACACAAAGCAAUGAGGAGCAGCCUGGAGCAACACAUUUGAUCUUCAGUGGCUUUACAAAGGACCAAGUGAUGGCAGAACUGAAGCCAUAUGCCUCAAAAGAGAAAGGUACAGCAAAGCUCUUCAGAAUGCUAUUCAAUAUAGAAGAGAUUAAAGGCCGCUCAUUGUUUAGUAUGAGGAAAGGGAACAAAGAGUCUGACGCCAGACCUUCUUGUGCAGACAAGGCAAAAGUUCUUGGAAGAUUGUGCGCUCGAAAAGUUGCCGACAACCUAAAGGACUGAACUCAAACUGUCCAGGAAUAGCAAGAUAAACUGAAGAAAAUAAAUGGACUAAUGUUUUGCUAUUUUUUGAGACAAUAUAUGAUUUCAUAUGGAAACAUUAAAAAGGAUUAUUUUGAAAAUUUGUUUGUUUCCGAUUUAGGGUACAGGGUGACUUUCAAGCAGUUUCCAGCUAUUGCCACCCACAAGGUGGAAAAUUUCUGAAAGGGUGAAAAUAGGUGGCAUUUAGUGGAAACUGAAUUUGCCACUAUCUGGUGGCAAAAUGGUGGAAAAGUGUCUAAAUACUCCACCAAUUUUCCACCCUUAUGGUGGCAAAAGGUGGAAAUAAGUGGCAUUUGGUGGAAAAUAAGUUUGCCACUCAAUGGUGGCAUAAUGGUGGAAAUUCGUCUAAAUACUCCACCAAUUUUCCACCAUUAUGGUGGCAAUAAGUGGAAACAAGUGGCAUCUAGUGGAAAAUGAGUUUGCCACCCAAAGGUGGCAUAAUGGUGGCAUUAUGGUGAAAGUUUGUCUAAAUACUCCACCAAUUUUCCACUCAUUGGUGGCAUUUAGUGUAAAAAAGGUGGAAUUAACUGGAAAAUUAUAUAACAUCAGUCCUGCUCAAAUUUUUCACCAUUUUCAUGAUUUGGGUGGCGUUUUGGUGGCGUUUUGGUGGCAUUAUUGGUGGAAAAUUGUCUAAAUACUCCACCAUUGAAAAGGGUGGCAUUUUAGUGGCAAAUCUAGGGACGG